AUGGGUUCAACUUCAAAUCCUCUUGAGCUAAAUUCUCUUGAUCUUGCACUGAGUCUAAAGCCCUCUUAUGUCCCAAAAUCACUCAAUCACUUAUUCAGUGAUCUGGAAAGUAUAGAUAAUGUUCCACACAAAUUGUCUGUUUUGAAUGAGUAUCUUCUAAAACACCAAGAAGAGCUUCACAGAGUAGAGGAAUUUAAAAGAGACGUACCUCAGUGUGUUCUUCUGUUGUUGGAUGCUAUACAAACACUCAAUAACGAAAUUGAGAAGUUGAGUGGCCAAGAUCAGUUCGAUGCAUGUAAGAAUAGAGGCUCAUGUGAGGAUCCAGUGGAACGACGAAGUGCGUUCCGGAAAUAUAAGAGCUCAUCACCUCCGUUUAACCCUAGGCCUCGCAACCAAGAUCAUACAAGUCAUGACCAUGAGGUGAAGGGAAAGGAGCCGAUCCGCAAUGAGCCAAGUCCCAGGACACCUUUCCCUUGUGAUCUGAACAUGGAGGCAAGCGGUUCAGAGCUGGAGCUGGAGCCAGAACCAGAUCCACAGCCACAGCCGCCAGAG